AUGGAGUGUAAAAGCGUCCUAUUACUUUUCGUUUUUCAAAGAAUUACUGCUUUUUCAACCGAAGAAAAAUACAUAUCAGCUUCUCAUUCAUCAUAUUUUGAAACGCACGGAAACAAGCAGCUUUUGGGAUAUGUUGUCAAAAGGUUUGAUUCUCCCAGUUUGUUAUCGUGCGGUCAUGAAUGUCUGCGAAAUUCGUGGUGUACCUCCACAAACUUCAGGUUAGGUUCUUCCAUGGAGGAAGACGAAGGGAUUUGUGAAUUGAACAAGCAUAACAUCUCUGUGAUUAACGACGACACCCACUUUGCUGAACAGGAGGGAAUAACUUUCUCAAUUCUACUAAAGGUAAUGAAAUGUAUGUUGUUAUCGUCCAUAUCACAUAUGCAAACAAGUCAUAACCAUAUGAGAGUGAAAUGUCUUUGGGCAAAAUUGUCAUUUCUAGAAUCAUUCGAACAAUCAGUGAUUGUGCCUUCCAUUUUUGCUGCGGGAUUUCUCCAUGUUUCUUUUGGAUUGUUUCAUUCAUUUGCAUCCGAAAGAAUUAAAUUUAAUUAACAACGAGGUGUUAUUUUGCCAAUACUUUAAGAAGUAAACAGUUUUUUGGGAAGCAAACAGGUUUUUUUGGAAAGUAUGGAUGGAAAUCUGCUCAAAAUCUGACAUCAAGAAUGGGUGAAAUUUUUUCGGAUCUUUGCUUAUUUCAAGUUUUUUUUCUCGGUCUUUUAAAGACCAUUAUACUUCUACUGUCCCUAAUUUUGCUAAAUUUCAAUGCAACCUUUUUGAAGUAAUAUCUACCAAUGUCUUCCUAAAAUAGACCAGUUCAUUAUCACCUUUUUCGCAUCGUCUAACAAGUUCUUCUAAGUAGAAUCAUAUACACUUCAUUAUUGUAAUAAUUCCAUUAAGUCUUUUAAGAUUGGAAAUACAACAUAAAGCUUGGGUUUGAAAAACUUCGAACCCAAACAUUUGUUAUCUAUGAUUCUUUUUGAAAUUGAAAGAACUAUGUCUCCUGAGGAUUUUAGCAAAAAUUUGAUCUCUCAGCAAUAAAAAGGCUUCAGGAUUUUAGCGCACGGUUCUCUUGUUUACCUCCUAAUGCAAAUUUCUCGCGAAUGUGUUAAAAGUAAUAAUUUUCUUCUAAAUUUCUAGCUUAAUAUUUGGUUCUUUGAAUCAAAAAUUACCUUUUGUGGAGUGUAUAUAACAUUUUACGAUGAUUCAGCUGCUUAAAAAUCAAAUCGCGAAUGAAAAGUCACCAGACCAUGAUUUUAACUCAAAAUCAGUUUUAUCACAACGGAUUUUUUUUACACAACUUUUUAUUGUGGUUAUUUUUCGUUGACAGGGAUGUCUUAUUGAAAUUUGCCUCAACGGUGGUUCUUGCUUGCCUAACGAGAACAAAAAAACUUUUUCAUGCUUUUGCGAAAAACAUUGGACAGGAGACAGAUGUGAAAUUAAGACAGGUAGCAUUUAUCUAUUUCUUGCUCGUAACGUUUAAUUUGGAAAAAGGAAUAAUAAAUUUGAUAGAGGUGUGAAUCGUUGCAUUGCAAAAAUUACCAGCGAUUGUGAACUUAUAAGCUAAUAUUUUGCUGAUUUAGGUUUCUUCAGCUGGCAAUAUCUAGUGCUGUAGUUUUACUUCAUUUGAAAACCCACGCGUACUUUAAUAUCUCGGCGUGUUUUUUUCUUUCGUCCAUUUAGCUGCCUUAUGGAACUCGUCUUGCAAGGGAAUCUAUAACAAGAAUUUGUAAGUCUAUGACUUUACUUAAAUUGUCUUAUACUUUCAAUUGUUAAAAAAAAUUUUAUCACUGUAAUCAGAUGUUGAUGGAUUUAACACUUCUGUGAACAUCAGAGACACUGAAAAUACCUAAAGAAAAAGGGUUAAUUAGCUAAAUUGUUUCAAAUUGUAAAAUAAAGGGGGUAAAUUUCUGAACAAAAUGUAGUGUUGCGUCGAUGGGGGUUGGGGGUUGGGGAAGGGAAUUACGAAGUAGUUCGGUUCUUUAAACUGAGUCGAUAAUUUCUUCAUACAAAGGGCUAACGCUUAAAAGGUCAGUUUAGAAACUCUGUGCCCUAUUCACAAUGUCAACUCAGUUGAUUAAAACAAAUUCUUCGACUUAUGGAACUGACCGUAGGUUUGCUAGUAUAUCGAAGGUUUUAUCACUUGCGCUUUAUUCUAUCAGGGGCAUACAAAACAAAGCCUAUUUAUUGCAAAUUGGUAAUCAGAGCAUUUGGGUGUACUGUCACAUGAAAGGGCUUGGCAGAUGCGAUGGAAAUGGUUGGACGCUGGUCAUGAAAAUGAAUGGCUCAAAGGUAUACACAGCUUUCAUUUUAAAAGGCAAGAAACUUAUGCAAGCGAUGUUACAGAAAAUUAAGACAUACCCUGCCUAUAAAAUGCACAGGGAAUAAAAAUGCUGCAUGCAAAAUAGAAAAGACUGAAUUUCAAGUUUAUCAGUAAUCUUCUCGCAUCCUCCCAUUGAUAUGUGCCUCUGGGAUCUGUAUUCCAGUAGAGAUUUCCUGAAUUGCAUUUCCCUCGACCUAGACGCGUAACCUAACGGAAGAUACCCAAGCUAACACUGGCAACAGUCUGAUGACAUUUGCCUAGUGAUAUUCCGGCUAGUUUAAAACCUUUUCUCAUGAUGCUAACGAUGACCGUAUUCUUUAGCAAAAGUUGAGUGUAUUUUGAUGAUGUUUAAAGAGACGCGAGGAGACUUAAGUUGUUUGUUCACAAACUCGCUCUCAAUAGUUUACACCUGUUUGCGACUGAAAGCUGUUUUUAAACCUUUUGCUCCGCUCACUGUAUAAAAAAUAAUAUAUGAUAAUUACAUAAACUUCCAUUUGGCCUGGAAAUAAGCUGGAAAUUUGUCCUUGGAUAUCAUCUGUUCCUCUAAGCUCGCAAUUUUUUUCUCUAGCUUUGCUAUUGGUUAACUGUUCACUUCUCGGAACAGAUUAUAUUUACGGGCGAAUAAAUCCGUGCUUAUUUGGGCGCCAAAUGGAAAGCUAUCCUUAUACGAAAUUUAGUGAGAAUUAUGUUUGUACUGAUACCCAGAGGACGUUCCAUUACGAUUCCAACCUGUGGAUCAACAAGGAUACCCUUAAUCUUGAAGGAGGGAAGUCUGGGUUCGACUUACAAGAGACCAAAUUACCGACUUAUUGGAACACACCAUUCACCAAAAUCUGUCUUGGUAUGAAGAUCGACGGUCACAUUAGGUACGUAGCCAUUGAGAGGCAGGCGAAGUCUCUCUACUCACUGAUCGCUGAUGGCGAAUACCGUGCAACCUCAUUGGGUCGUGACACGUGGAAGUGGCUGAUUGGUUCUAAGGUUUCAUUGCAGCCCAAUUGCAACAAAGAAGGAUUUAAUGUAAAACAAACGUCUGAAAACAGGGAUAACCUGAUUUGGCCCAAAGCAAGGAUUGGAAUUCUGGGUAACGGCCAAAAUAGCUGCGCUACCUGUGAUUCUAGAAUUGGGUUUGGUUCUGGAGGACAUGGCGACGAUAAUAACACAUGUGGCAACGAAGCUGCCAGAAAUAACGGUGACACGCAUAUCAAAGCGAUGGGAUAUAUCUUGGUCCAAUGA